AUGACAUCAAAGCUUUCAUCGGCCUUACCAAUGUCACGAAGGAUUAUAUACACGAUGUUGAGUUUAUCCCUGGUCAGUGCUUCAUUCCGGCGGAAUAGUGCUGCUAUGUUUGCUACAGCCUUUGUUCACAACGCUCCUUCGCGGGCAAUACACAAUAAUAGACAAACCGUUUCUUAUUCUUCCCUCAGCGAAGAAGAACAACUGACAGAAUCCGGCUACAAGCGUCCUGGAGUUCAAUGGUACCCAGGUCACAUUGCCAAAGCAGAACGACAACUUUCCGAGACGCUCAAGGCCGUUGAUGUGGUGGUAGAAGUCAGAGAUGCUCGAGCAUGCAAAGCAACGGCCCAUCCUCGAGUGGGAGAAUGGUGCGCUGGGCGACCAAGAAUUGUCGUCUUGACUCACUUGGAUAUGAUCCCAAAGGCUGCCGCAGCUUCUUGGAAGAAGGCGUAUGAUACAUUGGGCGCAGAGCGAUGGGACGAUGCGCCAGUGAAUACUCAAGUUGCCAAUCAAGCGCAGCAAGCACGAGAUAUUCGAUUUUCUUACGGAGACUCUCCUGAUAACAGAAAAAAGAAGAAUAAGGGUACAAGGGAGGAAGAAGGCUGGGAGAAGAAACCAAAGGUUGUCACUCCCGUCGACCAGGUCAUGUUCAUUAAUGCAAAACAAGGACAGGGAAUCCAUGGCUUGCAACGGGCCAUUUUUAAAGCCGGUGCUCAUGUCCAAGAAAGACGAGAACGAAGAGGACUCAAGACACGCGCAUUGCGUGUUGGCAUUAUCGGAUAUCCCAACGUUGGAAAGUCAGCGUUGAUCAAUCGUAUUCUGGGUCGCCGCCGAGCACGAACCGCCAACACUCCCGGAGUCACUCGAAGUUUGCAAUGGAUCCGCGUUCGUACAGAUGAAAGUAAGACGCAACGAAAGGAAUUCGAGCUUUUGGAUUCACCUGGUAUUAUACCUGCCAAGAUGGUCGAUCAAAGUGACGCCUUGUUGUUAUCAGCAUGUAAUUGUAUUGGCCAAGCUGCGUAUGACAACCAAUCUGUUGCUGCUUAUCUUUGUGAAUGGCUCAAGACGAUUCAUGUCAUGGAAAAGGAGAGACUGACAGCUCCAGUGUGGAGAGAGAAGGUAAAAGAGCGAUAUGCCUUUGAUCCUUUGAAACCCAAGGACGAAUCGACUGGAGAACUUUUGACUGGCGAAGAUAUGCUCUUCUUGGUCGCUGAUAACACUUGUCAAGGGGACCCCGAAGAUGCGUCUCGUAAGAUCCUCCAGGAUUUCCGAUCUGGGAGAAUGGGGCCCAUCUGUCUUCAAUUGGCACCAGAGACGGAAGGAGAUGAUGGUCAAUUGGCUGUGCCUAUUGGUGCCAGUCGAAUUACUGAGAAUUUCGUCAGUCGAAGAGAAGAGCGAGAACAACAACAGCAAGAACGUGCACGAAUGGCAGUGGAAACAGCCAAAGAACGAGGACUAGAGUUGCCACCAAUCGUCGAGAAUCCCGACAAAAACGACGAUGAUCAAGACAUCGGAAAGGGAAUGUUUGAUGGUUGGUAG